GCUGGAGAGGCUUGAACAGGCCUUUUUAGGGUCAUGUGAGUCAUUUUGGGGGGUCAUGUGAGUCAUAUGUACCCUUCUUUGGGGUUGAUUAAAGUUUAUUACGGUCUCUCGUCUUCCGCAAGAACUGAGAGAACUGUGUGAGCAGAUACCCUCGGCAAGUCCUGUGGAUAGACCUGGAUAGAGGAUCCCCUGUUUAUCCACGAUCAGUGGGGUGGCUGUAUGCACAAAAAAUGACGGGACGAUGAGUGGAAAGUUGAGCAUUCCGGCAACCAGUAUGGUGAAGAGAUGUGAAGAGUAUGAUCUGAUAUUAAGGUGAGGAUUGCUCUUGGAACUGGCUGCAGCGAGUUGGUUCAAGAACAUUUGCUUUCUGCUUGAUCUGACUCUAUUGCUAUGGAGAGGGCUUGGAAGCUGCCAGUGAUCCAUGAACUCAGGACAGCUGCAAGUUCCAUCGGAGAUUUUGUGGGAGGAAAGCCUGAAUCUGCCAAGAAGAAGUGGGAGGACUACGGCAACGGGUCUGUUCUUGGUUCACCCUUCAAAGCUGCCUUCUUCGCAGUCAAAGGUGAAUUGGAAGAGGCUGAGAGGUUGGGCCGCGAAAGUGGCCGGACUCUUGGUGGGGCCCCAAAAUCCCAGGGCUGCACGAGAUAGGCAUGUGCGGCAAGUCCUUAAGGCUGGUUGCAGAAGACAACCCCCAAGCAGCCAACGAGGUCUGGACCUCAGACUAUGUUGCGGAUAGUGUCCUGGGAUCAUUAGUGAUGGCCGCUGUUGAGGCGGUUAAAGGUCAGAAUAAUGAUGCCAUGGAGAACCUACGUCGCAGCAUGCGUGCCUGGGAGAAGGCGGAAUUGGCUGUUGACAAUGCCUUGGACGCACUGGAGCGCUUGGCAACGCUUUGCGAUUCCUUGAAUCUGUUCCCACCCUUGGUCUUGGGCUCGCUGCUCACAGUGGGACUGGUGAGGCAGCUGAAGCAGCUUCCGAGAUUCAACUCAGAGGCUCCUUCUCCAGAGAUCCCAGAGAUUCCAAGGGCUGCAGCUCGUCGUCGAUCCGUCAGCGUGUAGCAAGACCAGAUUUGAGAGGGCUUUUUGCAGGGCUCGAGUUCAGCACCCCUUGCUAUAUAGGCUAUAUAGUCGCAACUUACUGGCUGAGUGCCGCGGAAAAAUGAGUGAGUCAACGUUGCCACAGGUUUUUUUGGUACUUUGGUGAUUGGGCUUU